UCAUAAAGAAACAGUAUUGGUAAUGAGAAACCUGUAUUUUCCUGAACUUUUCCGUCACUUUGGGACCUGAAGUACAAAAAGUGGGAGUGAAAUCAUAAGUGUUUGACAGAAGGUAUAGCUAAACAAGUACAAUGGCAGCUGUAAGGAGACCCGCUGGCAUAAACUUUGAAAAGAUUCUGCAGUCUGUUAAAGGUGAUAUCCAAGAAAUGGUUCAAGAAUACCAGGAGACUAAUUUGCCCAUAACAGAUGACUGCAAACAUCUCCAGCAGCUAUGUGAUAGAAUGGAAUUUAUUCUUAAUUUUGGACUUAAAGAACGUACUGUUCUUGGUGGUCGGAGGGAUGUCUGGCUCUACUUUUGUAAGUGCUUGGCUGAGCGACGAAAUAUCCUCGAAGGAUUGAAAAUUGUCAAAGCCAACAGAGAGCUCAAAACUGGUGUUGGACGAAGUCGCAGUUUCCUGCGUUAUUGUUUGGUACACCAGUGCUUAGCAGAUGUUAUUCAGCAAUGCACAGAACACAAGUCAUUUACUGUACAGUUUUAUUCACCUGAGGCAUUGUUGCUAGAUGAAAAGUCUAUAGCAUCAUUACUAAGCAGCCUGUAUCUUCUGUGUGAUAUAUCUUUUGAUUUACCUCCCACUGGUCAUGAUUUAGAUGUUUCUUGGCCAACAUUUGCACGGCCAGGGACAUCAGCAUGGCGAGCUCCAAGUCGAACUGUAUCGAUGUCAUCUUUGUCUUCCUUUUCUUCUCAAUUAAGUGAAGCUUUGCAAUAUCAGUCCCCACCAGCCCACUCCAGUAUGGCGCCUGUGGGUGAGGAUGAGCCUACGCACGAUUGUCCGUCCAGUCCUGCUAGUCCCACAAGUCCUGUUAGCCCUUCGCACUCAUCGUCAGAAGCUGGGCUCAAAGCCACCCUUGACGAGGUGUCAGAGCUACAUCAAAGACUUGCACACCUAGAGGAUGACAAUGCUACACUUAGAGCUUCUUGUGUGUCUUUGCAGUUAAAGUUAGAUCAGGUACAACAAGAUACUCCAGGAACUUCAGAAGAUUUUACCUCAGAAAAAGAAAAGUCAGAAUCGUCAGAGACAGAGGAUUCCAGGGAUUGCUGUCAAGAAUCACCUGUUGCUUGCACCAAGUGUGAGCAUUUGAGGGAGGAGCUUAAAGUUAGUCAGAACAAAUGUACUGAGUUGCAGAAUUUACACCAGAGACUAGAAGAUCAAAUUAAGAUCCUAGAGAAACAAGUGGAAGACUUUGAGAGAAAGGAGAGUGAAUAUAAGUGCCAAAUAAGUACUUUAGAAUCAGGUUUAAAGGCAGCCUCAAAUAGUGAAGCAGUUGAAGUGCCAAUGGAAGUAUGUACAAUUGAAACGGACAGAGAAUCAGAUGAAUGCAUCAGAAAAGUUGAUGUAGAUUUGCAGCAGUCUUCAGAGGUCUGUAAUCAAGCAGGAAGUACUGAGAGUGUAGAAUAUUAUCGUCAGAAAUUAGAAAAUCUUCAGAAGAUGUAUGAAGAGUUACAGGAACAGUGCCGUAAAGCAGAAAAGGAGAAGGCCACAAUGAGGACAAAUAUACACAAGGUGAGUGCCAAUUGGUUUGAGCGCAAAACGCGCCUCAGUGAGAGUGAAACUGAGAGUAGCCGUAGUGAAGACUCUGCUCAUGAGGCAGAUUUACUGAACCUGUUGAAAGAAAACCCACCUCAGGGAUCUGAUUUUCAAAAUGAAUAUCGCUUUUGGGUCACGAGGAUGAAGGAUGUUCCAAAACUUUUAGCAGAAAUCUCAUUCUUAAAUGGAAAAUUAGAUUUGGCAGAGAAAAUGUGCACUGAACUUAGGAAACGUGUUAGAGAAUAUGAAACUGUCAUUGAUGACCAAGAAAUUAUUAUCCAUGGAUUGAAAGACCAAUUGGACACGUAUUUCACUGAUAAUCAGAAAAUGUCUAAGCAGCUUAGUGCCCUAACCAAAUUAUUUGAAGAUAUUGAAUUAACAGAAAAAACAAAAGUUAAUGUGGUUAACCCUCCUGAAGUCUCUAGCAGUGUUACCAAUAAUUUGCCCACUGGGGAAGACUUCAAGGAGAUGGCUAAUAGUCUGAGUAAAACAUAUAUUAAAUUGAAAGAGCUUAUCUUGGAAAAGAAGUCUCUGGUAACGGAAAUUGAGAGACUCAACGUUCUAAAUGUAGAGCUACAGAGACGUGUUGCCACUCAGGAAAGCCGACUGAUAAGUGUUUCAGAUGCCUUGCACUCCACAUGGAUGCUCAUAUCAGAUGCUAAAGAACAACAUGCUCAGCUUCACACAUCAGAGUCAAUUUUACGUUAUGAGUUGAAGGGAAAAAGAGAACUACUUCAUCGUCUCAGAGAGGAACUGGAAAACUCCAGAGAACAGUGGCAUAAGAUACGGCAGAUGAACUCAAAGAGUGAAGAGGAAUGGAAUAGUAUCAGAGAGGAACUUGAUGAACGGAGGCGUGUUGCAGAAAAUGGAGGGAGAGCUGGAGAACAAGAUCUUUAUGAGGGAGCAGUAGCUUUGGAGAGGAAUAAGAAUACAUCAGAUGAUUUUGAACCUCCAGUUGAUCUUCUUCUUGAUAUGGCCAUCGAGUAUGGUGUUGUUGAAGCUGAUGAUGAAACAUCAACAUCUUUGGUAGCUGCAAUGGAAGGCGAAGACCUGCAUGCAUCUCGUCUACGAGAUCUUGAAGAUCAGUGUAGUCACUUAUAUCAGAAGCUCAUGGCAUCUACUUCAAGAUCAUUAACAUUAGCUUCAAGGCUGACAGCACUUCAUCAACACUAUGGCUCAAGUGAGGAUGAAGAUGAAUAUGAAGAUGAAGACGAUUACGAUGAUGAUGAGGAUGAUGACGAUGAUGAAGAACCUUUUCUUCCAUUCCAAACAGAAGUCAUGAGCCCAGAACCAGAGAGUUAUGAUACAGCAUACGUCAGUGAGGCUGACACGGGCUCUGCAUCUGGAGCUCCUGGUGUUCUUUCAGAAGAAGAGGCCUCAACUACUAACCUUGGAGGAAAUAGUGUGGAAGAUAAUUCCAAUCUUGGUCCAGAGGAACAAGAGCAAGUAGUUGAAGUAGAGGAUGAUUUGUGUAGAGGACUCAUUAACUUUUUACCAAGGAAGAUUGAAAUCCUUCGAAGAGAUAAUCAGAAGUUGGAAGAAAAAUGCCAAUUGCUACAGGAAGAAAAGCUGCACUCAGAAGCUCAUCUGACAGCAAGUAUAGAGACAGAGCGAAUGAUAAGGCAACAGCUAGAGGAGAAACUAGAACAUCUUGGCAAAUGUGUUGAUGAACUCAGCCUAGAACGGAAUGGGAAGAUACAAGAGGCUGAGGAGAGGUAUAACCAAAAGGUUGCUUCCCUUAGUCAGAAGGAAAAAGAAUAUGAAACGCUCCAAGAUGACCUGGGAAGUCUCAAGGAGAAGUUUGAGGAGAGAGGAAACCUUCUGCUGAUUGCUAAUGACAGGGUUAAACAGCUGGAAAAGGAACUGACAGCUUCUAAAGCUUCAGCCAAAGAUAACGUUGAUCAGCUCACACUAGCUAAAAAACAGGCUAACGAAUUCAGCGAACUCCACAAACAGCUCAAUUGUGAGUACAAAGAAUUGAAAGAGGAGGUUCUUUCCCUGCAGCAGCAAAUUACUGACCUCCGCUUCCAGGUAUCCUCUCAUAGCAUGGAACGUGAUGCAGCACGGAAGGAUAAUGAAGAAAAAUCAGAAGCCUUGGAAGCUGCACAGUCACAAAUUGCAGAACAAAAAGCUUCCCUGAUGCAGCUCCAAUUACAAACAGCCUCACAGAAAGAGAUGUUGCAUAAUGAAAAAGACCAGCUGGCAACUCAGGUUGAAAAGCUCAACAGAAUUUUGGCAGAUCGUGAUCGAGAAUGUUCUGGACUGAAUAAACACCUGCAGGAGGCAGAAGUUGCUCUUAAGAGUGCAAAACUUGCUCUCUCAGAAACGAAGUUGAAGCUUGGGUCAAAUGAAGAAGUGACAAACCAGUUAAAUGAAGAUAACCUUAGUCUUCGAGAAAAAAUUAUACAGUUAUUAAGAGAAAAGGAUGCCCUUUGGCAAGCAAAUGUCCGCUUAGAAGGGGCAGCCACAGCUGCAAGUGGAGCCUGGAUGGAUAACAAAAGUACACAAGCGUGCAUGUGUUGUAAUGUACCAUUUUCACUAACACGUCGACGACAUCACUGUCGUACAUGUGGACGCAUCUUUUGCACAGGUUGUUCUGAUAAUUGGAUCAACACUGCAGCCUCAAGCCGCCGUGUAAGAGUUUGUGAUGACUGUUUCUCGAUACAUGCAGAAUUAGCUACAAUAAUUGCAUCUCCUGCUGUUCAAAGCAGUGAAGCCAGUGGAAAUGGAGCUGGGUUAGAAGCCACAUCAAAGAACCACUACCCAGAAAGGCCCCCCAUUUCCCAUAGGCUCCAAGUUGCCAGAUGAUGAAGAGUUUUCUGUGAUAUCUGAUGAUGAAGUGCAAAGUUCAAGAU